AGUUUAUCAACUAAUGGUGGAGUAGACCCCCCGAGCUCGGAGAAAUCCCCAGACUAACCUUAAGACCAUGCCAACAGCGUGGUGCCCCACUUCCCCACGACAGGUCAAAGGGGAAGUUGGAGGAUCUGGAGUCUGCCCCAAGUCGUAAACUAACUUAAGUUACCUUGACAUAACUUACAGGGGGAAGAAAUUCCACGACUUGAAUGGCAAAAUUAUCACAAAGUGGCAUAUCUAUAUAAACUCAUGGUCUGCCCAGUCAACAUGAUUCAACUGUUCAAUACCUUUCACUCCUAUCAUUUUCCUUGGGGUAACAUACAACCGUCAUGGAUUCGAAAGACUCUAAACCAGACACAGGUGCAGAGCAUCAAGAAUACUCUUCGCCUGUAGUCUCAACCUCUCCGAACAACAUGUCACCAGAACAGCCGGUCUCGACGACGACUAAAGAUGGUGGACCUCAUAAAUCAGUGCCCGGUGUCUCCUUGCUUCGCGACCUGGCGCUCGACGCAGAGGUAGCGGACACUAUGCAAAAGAAUAUGAGCAUUAUGGAGGCCGUCAGGAAAUACCCCAAGGCGAUCGCCUACUCCAUGAUUCUAUCCCUAUGCAUUAUCAUGGAAGGCUAUGACACGUCUCUUAUUGGCAGCUUUUUCGCUCUCCCGCAAUUUCGAAAGAGGUUUGGAGUUGAGCUUGCCAAUGGCGAUUACCAGGUGACGGCGAGCUGGAUGUCAGGGCUCCAAAAUGGAACGCAGGUCGGUCAGAUUUGUGGCCUGAUGAUCGCAGGUAUUCUGGCGGAUCGUUUUGGCUACAAGAAAACCAUUAUCGGGGCGCUCUUCCUCACAAUCGCCUUCAUAUUCAUAUUCUUCUUUGCACAGAACAUCGCCAUGCUGUUCGCAGGAGGAGUUCUCUGCGGCUUGCCUUGGGGAGCAUUCCAGAUCCUCACGACCACCUAUGCCGCUGAUGUGGCUCCGAUCCAACUGCGACCCAUCUUAACCACCUAUGUCAACAUGUGCUGGGUAAUUGGUCAGUUGAUCAGCACUGGCACUCUUCGAGCUCUCCUGCACCGCUCCGACGACUGGGCAUGGCGCAUACCGUAUGCCAUACAAUGGGCGUUCCCACCUCCAAUCAUACUCGGCGUGCUGUUUGCACCCGAGAGUCCCACAUGGCUGGUCAAGAAAGGGCGACUCGAAGAAGCUCGAAAGGCACUGCGUGGUCUGACUAGCUCUGAGGUUGACGAUGAGGAAAUCUCUCAGACCGUGGCCAUGAUCGCGCACACGAACGAGCUAGAAAUGCAGCUCCAAGAAGGCACGUCGUAUCUCGAUUGUCUCCGUGGACCCAAUCUCCGCCGGACUGAAAUUGCCAGCGUCGUCUGGAUGACGCAGGUAUUAUGUGGUAUCUGGUUCGGUGGCAACAUAACAUACUUCUUGCAACAGGCCGGCUUCAACCCCGACAAGUCGUUCGACUUCGGUCUCGGCACUAAUGGCAUUGCUCUAGCUGGGACAAUUGCAUCUUGGUUUAUCAUGCCGCGUAUUGGUCGACGCACAUUAUACCUCGUCGGAUUGAGUGUUAUGUUCACCAUCCUCGUGAUUGUCGGCAUCCUGGGGAUCCCGGCCCCUCAACCCUGGAUCGGAUGGACUUCGGGCGGCUUUAUGCUGGUUUUUGUUGCUACCUACGGUAUGACAGUGGGACCGGUUUGUUACUGUUUAGUUUCCGAGAUUCCAUCGACACGGCUGCGAAUCAAGAGUGUUGUCCUUGCUCGCAAUGCCUAUAAUAUUGCGAGCAUCGUGGCCAACUUCCUCAACCCACCCAUUCUCAACCCAAGUGCAUGGAACCUACGUGGAAAGGGCGGCUUCGUCUGGUGCGGGUUCUGUUUGUCUGCACUGAUCUGGUCCUAUUUCCGCCUUCCUGAGCCCAAGGGCCUGUCGGCCGCGGAAUUAGAUAUACUCUUCGAAGAUGGCGUCAGCGCUCGCAAUUUCCGCAAGGUGCAGGUAGACGUGUUUGCAAGGGGAAAUAUGAAAGGGGAAGAGGAGGAUGCACGAGUGGCAGAUGCGGUACCGGUAACGAGCGAGAAAGUGUGAACACAUUAUCAUGGAUGGGAGUGAAAUGCGGUGACAUCUCCAAGGAACUUUGUAACUUAGUUGAUAACUUAUCCUAUACGCACAGAACCGCG